UAUUUCACCACUGUAAGCGAGGCUUUGCGGGCUGCGGGUGUGCUGUCAAGCAGGAAGACAAUUCAGUUCAAGUUCAUGUUUCUUUGCGGCAAUAUCUCAAAUCCAAAAUAACUGUUAAACUUAACGCACAUUUACUAAUGUAUGAGGUCGAAUAACGGAUUUGAAAAACGAGAGCUGAUUGAGACCAAGCUGUCAUCACACGUGCUCCGUUCCCUCAGACAGUGUGGUGUGUGCAGCCAGCCAUGGCUCUGCUCUUCAGUAGGGCUGUUACAAGUUCACCUUUAAGAAAGAGACAACCAGUGGCUGAUCAGUCAUGUCAGAGCCUUGGACUGUCCCUCCUGUCACCAGACUCGUCUUACGAAUGUUAUUCCGUCAACCCUGUGACAGGCUCCCCCUGCUGCUGCCGACGCAGCCCCCGCCUCCUCUCCAACGGUUACUACGUCCUCACGGAGGACAGCUACGCCUGGGACGAUGAAGGCAACGUGUCCCUCACUCCCUCAAAAAUCAACGUUUCCUACAAGGAGAAUCUAGUGAGAGUGUUCCGGCGCAGACGGAAAGCACGAAGGUCCCUGGCCAGUCUGUUGAGUGACAUGACUGAGACGUGUCAGUCUUGGCUGGAUGAGAAGGUGUUUGGAGGGAAGCGUUUUGCACCACUGGCAGAGUCAUCCUGGGUAGAGGACAGCACCACCACACUGGACACCAGCUGCAGCUUCACAUAUGACCACAGUGACAUCACAGCCCCACCAGAGAAGUUGGCUCAGGAGCCUGUGAUCCAGGAGGAGAUUUGCUCUGAGACCUGCUACUCACAAGAGCAGUUCACCCAAUCACUGGGGGGUCUCUUGGAUGUCCCGCCUCCCUCCACAUUCCACUCCCAUAGUUGCUGUCUUCCAGAGUCCCAACCAGCAGACUGUCCUACAAUGAAAGCCCUCUUCCUUCUCAUCUUCACUGUAUUUGUCUUCACUGCCAUAUUUUCAGGGUGCCUGUUGAGGGGGCUGACAAUGGCAUUUAUAACCUUCCUGCUGAUAAUGACAACUCUGUUCUUCACAAAGUCUGGACCAAUGGGCAAGUGGAGAAAAGCUAAGACGGAGGAUAUUACAUCAAGAAAUGAAUAGAGAGAAAAGAAGAAGUCCCUCUCUUUCUCUUUUUCACACACCGGUUAGCCUAUUCAUGAAAUGUUUAUUCAUAGAGGUGAAUUGCGCUGAUAGGAAAAGGUAUGGAAGUUGACAAAAGGAAAAAAAAUGGACUGAUGAAGGGGA